AUGAAACAACUCACCGUCGGCGUACUUGCCCUGCAAGGCGCCUUCAUCGAGCACAUCCAGCUCCUCCGGCAGGCGGCCGCGCGAUGGCGCGAUACCUCACAAAGCUCGAUCGAUCAAGACAUUUCCUUCGCCUUCAUCGAAGUCAGGACGGCUGAACAGCUGCAGCAGUGCAGCGCCUUGGUCUUACCAGGCGGCGAGAGCACAUCAAUCUCGCUUAUCGCUGAGAGCACCGGAUUGCUGGAGCCGCUACGGGACUUCGUAAAAGUGCACAGGAAGCCCGUCUGGGGAACAUGCGCGGGCCUCAUCCUGCUGGCAGAGAGCGCUAACAAGUCCAAAGCCACUGGACAGGAACUCAUCGGCGGCUUGGACGUCCGCGUGCAGAGGAACUACUUUGGACGCCAGGUGGAGAGCUUCGAGGCGAACCUGGAUCUGCCCUUUCUGGAUUCGCCCUUCCAUUCCGUCUUCAUCAGGGCGCCGGUGGUGGAGAAAGUGCUGCCAUCAUCGAAGCCCGUGUCGGCGGAGAGCGCCCCGGAGGUUGUCCUCGCCCCUGCAAAGCAAGCGACAGACGCUCCCGUGGAGAUUCUUGGCCGCUUACCUGGCAGAGCCCGUGCGAUCCGUGACAAGACCACUACUGCAGAGGAUCUUGGCGAGGAUGGAGACAUCAUCGCUGUCAAGCAAGGCAAUGUCUUCGCAACGGCUUUUCAUCCCGAAUUGACUGGAGAUGAUCGAAUUCACGCUUGGUGGUUGGAGCAAGUCGUUUGCUCGCAAGGAUGA